UAUUUAAAGAUGAAAGUCAAAUAGACGAUCUUUAUGAUAAAAAGUAAUAAAAAAAAUAUUUGUUCAGCGAAAAGUUUAGUGAUAACCUAGUACAUUAAACAUUACAUAUAACAAUAAUAUCUGCAUUCUAUCUUUUAUAACAUUUAAAACGAAGGAUUUAAACUUUGAACACCUGUUUAUAGUUAUAAAAACUUGUGUAUAAAUGUUAUUAUUCAGGUUGUUUGGGAGCGCUUUGUUGGUGAGUCUGGUUGUAGUUACGUGUGGGAAACGUAUUCGGUGGAGGCAUAAUGACUGGAAAACAAUGUUCCUCUAGUUCAAUAAGAUAUCUCAACCAGUCUGAAGCAGUGGCACUGGACCAAGAUCUGUUUAAUGAGUAUAAAUUUAGUGUAGAUCAGCUGAUGGAGUUGGCUGGUUUGAGUGUCGCAAUGGCUGUGGCUAAAGUUUAUCCCCCUUCUCUAUACAAGUCAUCAUUAAUUGUAUGUGGUCCUGGGAACAAUGGAGGUGAUGGUUUAGUUGCAGCCAGACACAUGAAACUUUUUGGUUACAAAGUUGCUGUACAUUAUCCAAAACGUACACCUAGGCCACUCUAUGAAAAUUUACUUCAUCAAUGUAAAAAUUUUGGAGUUGACAUUGUGGAGCAAUUACCACAUCCUAAAGAUUUGAUCAAUGAUUAUAACAUCCUUGUUGAUGCACUGUUUGGGUUCAGUUUCAAACCACCUGUCAGGGAUGAAUUGAAACCUGCUUUGGAUGCUUUAUUGGAUUCUGGGUUACCUGUAUGCAGUGUGGAUAUACCAAGUGGUUGGGAUGUAGAGAAUGGGCCAAAUACUGACAGGGCAUUAAAACCAGCCCUGUUAAUCUCUCUGUCUGCUCCAAAAUUAUGUGCUAAGCCUGAAUUCCUAGGAGAUGCUAAACAUUAUUUAGGGGGACGAUUUUUGCCCCUAGGAAUAAUCACCAAAUAUAAAUUAAACUUACCGCCAUAUCUAGAACAAGAGCAAGUUGUGCAGUUAUCUUGUUAAAAUAUAGGAAGAACAUGGGAAAGUAAAAAUAUAAUGUAUAUUCAUGUUAAUUAGUUAAGAGAUCAUAAAGUUGAUUUUUAUAAUAUGGUGGUGGUGAUUCCUAACCGAGGUUCGGCCAUGGCGGCCAAUCUCAACGGAGAUCAGCCAAGCACGCGGGAGAUACUAUAGUGCACAAGUGUGUGAUGCAAUACACAGAUGCA